GUAGCUUUGGACUUAAUUUACUCCUUUCUCUCUCCCUCUCCCCCCUCUCUCCGCCGGGAAGGAGUUGCGCGCCUAUAGAUCGAUCAUUCGGUGUUCUUCUUGUUGGUGAAGGAGAGGAAAAAUGACGACGAUGGAGUCUCUGAUCAGCCUUGUGAACAGGAUACAGAGGGCCUGUACCGUCCUCGGCGACCAUGGCGGUGACGGCGCGCUGCCUACCCUCUGGGAGGCUCUCCCCUCCGUCGCCGUCGUCGGCGGUCAGAGUUCCGGGAAAUCUUCGGUGCUGGAGAGCAUCGUCGGCAGGGAUUUCCUCCCGAGAGGAUCCGGUAUUGUGACGAGGAGGCCAUUGGUGUUGCAACUUCAUAAGACGGAGGAAGGGCAGUCAGAGUACGCGGAGUUCCUUCAUUUGCCAAAAAGAAGAUUCACCGACUUCUCUGCUGUGCGCAAGGAAAUUCAGGACGAAACGGAUAGAAUAACUGGAAGAACUAGAAUGAUCUCCCCUGUUCCUAUUCAUCUUAGCAUUUACUCUCCAAAUGUUGUCAACUUAACAUUGAUUGAUCUGCCUGGCCUGACAAAGGUUGCUGUAGAAGGACAGCCUGAAAGCAUUGUGGUAGAAAUUGAUAAUAUGGUGCGCUCAUAUGUUGAAAAGCCAAAUUGCAUCAUAUUGGCGAUAUCACCAGCAAAUCAGGAUAUAGCAACAUCUGAUGCUAUUAAGAUUGCAAGAGAAGUUGACCCUACAGGCGAGAGAACAUUUGGGGUGUUGACAAAGCUUGAUCUGAUGGAUAAGGGAACAAAUGCCUUAGAUGUUCUGGAAGGAAGAUCUUAUAGGUUACAACAUCCUUGGGUUGGAAUUGUGAAUCGAUCACAAGCAGAUAUUAACAAGAAUGUUGACAUGAUUGCUGCACGACGCAAGGAGAAAGAAUAUUUUUCUACAAGCCCUGACUAUGGGCACCUAGCAAGUAAAAUGGGUUCUGAAUACCUUGCAAAGCUUCUGUCGAAGCACCUGGAAUCUGUAAUUAGGUCAAGAAUACCUAGCAUUUCAUCCUUGAUAAAUAAGACCAUUGAUGAGUUGGAAUCAGAGAUGGACCAUCUUGGCAGACCUAUUGCAAUUGAUGCUGGGGCACAGUUAUAUACAAUUUUAGAGCUUUGCCGUGCAUUUGACCGUGUUUUCAAAGAGCACCUUGAUGGAGGGCGACCUGGAGGUGACCGAAUCUAUGGAGUUUUUGACAACCAACUUCCUGCAGCGCUAAGAAAAUUGCCAUUUGAUCGGCAUUUGUCUCUGCAAAAUGUGCGGAAAGUGGUCUCUGAAGCUGAUGGUUAUCAACCUCAUUUGAUUGCUCCUGAGCAAGGAUAUAGGCGACUGAUAGAUGGAGCUCUUAACUAUUUUAAAGGACCAGCUGAAGCAUCAGUUGAUGCGGUGCAUCUCAUCUUGAAGGAACUCGUUAGGAAGUCAAUAAGUGAAACUCAGGAAUUGAAGCGGUUUCCAACCUUGCAAGCUGAGAUAGCAGCAGCUGCUUAUCAGGCUCUGGAAAAAUUUCGUGAAGAUGGUCGGAAAUCAACACUACGGUUAGUGGAUAUGGAAUCCUCCUAUUUAACUGUUGACUUUUUCCGGAAGCUCCCACAGGAAGUUGAAAAAGGUGGAAAUCCUGCUACCCCCACUAUGGACCGUUACACUGAGGGUCAUUUUCGGAGAAUUGGUUCUAAUGUGUCUGCAUAUGUGGGGAUGGUGGGUGAAACACUGAGGCGCUCUAUUCCAAAGGCUGUUGUCCAUUGUCAAGUCCGAGAGGCCAAGCGUUCAUUACUCAAUGACUUUUACACACAAAUCGGGAAGAAGGAGGGUAAACAAUUUGCAGCACUGUUGGAUGAAGAUCCUGCACUCAUGGAACGUAGACAGCAGUGUGCCAAGAGGCUUGAGUUGUACAAGUCUGCUAGGGAUGAAAUUGAUGCUGUGUCUUGGGCUAGAUAGAGAUUGCAAUAGUCAGAGGUCAGUGUGUAAUCGACUGUGUAUAUGUUUUCGAGAUAUUUUUUUCCAGUUUCUUCAGCUUGUAUAAGCAUUUUCACUGGGAUGUUUGAAUAGGUCAAUUCGUUAGCAAUAUUCUCAACAUUUAUGGCUAUGAAAGCUAAUGUACUAUUGAUUUUUCUGAUUUUUGGGGAGUGGAAUAGGCCAUUCAUAUUGUACUGUAGAUAAUGGGGUUGUAUAGUGCUUGAUUAAAGUACCCUUUUGCUUUGGGAUUUCAUUGUUUUUUA